AUGCAUAAUUGUGGAUACAAAAAUGCAUUCUCUCCUGCAUCCUCUUCUGCAGCCAUUUCUGCCAUCAAGUAUGCACACCAGGCCGAGAAAUUGUCCUAUGUUGCUCCCGAAAAAGAUCCAGACGGGCCGGGGACGGCUAUCCACGCACACUACAUUACUCCCCAGGAUCCAAUUAUUGUGAUGAGUGAUGGGGGCAGAUUACCGGGAGUGCCGCUCGCGGAAGCAGGGAAGCUCAAUACGCUGAAGGAGGCGAUUGAUGGGGAACCUGCAGAUGUGAUUGAAGAUGCAUCACCAGUGGACAAAUCUAGGGAUGGUUCGCGGCCAGAGGCUUCCAAGAAUGGGGCAACGAUACAAAAGUCUGGAGAAGCAUCUCUGCGAAAGGCAAUGCCCCCUUCCCGCACAAACCCUUUGUUCCUUCCGCUCCCACUUUACGGCCCUUCGUCGAGAACCCGCGAUUUUCAAUGUUGGACAUUCAGAACGACUUCUUUUUUUCUAUCAAUUGGAUUUCUUGGCAUUAUUGUUCUUGGUUCAGCAUUUACGAGUAUACCCUUAAUGUGUCAACAUAUCUGGUUACGCGUCACAUUCCGAGAUCCAGAUGCAAGACGACCAUUUCACGAAGAAGAGAAGAAGUUAAAGAAAGUGAGGAAGGAAGACGCGAGGAAUUGGAAGAGGCAACGCUCGAGGAGGAACUCUAAACCGAAAAUUGGCGAUAAGGAAGAUGAGGCUGGACGGGGAGAGUUUAUCCCAACAGAAGGAGGGCCAGAUCCUGUGAUUUGUGAUGUGGGAUAUUAUGCCCGUCGCGUGGGAUUGGAUAUGGAAGAGUUCAAAGUCCAGACCGAAGACGGAUUUAUCAUUACUCUCUGGCAUAUCUACAACCCCCGAGAAUUCACACCCAUGUCUCCAGCCGAGAGAGCAGCGCGAGGACCCGGUGUCUUCACCGGCGAACCACCGUCACGGCCCAUCAACUCCUCCCAAAAGCCAAAAUUCCCCGUCCUAAUGAUACAUGGUCUACUGCAGUCAUCAGGAGCAUACUGCACAAACGAUGACAACUCUCUUGCCUUCUACCUGUGCAAAGCCGGAUAUGAUGUCUGGCUCGGUAACAACCGCUGCGGCUUCAAACCAGAACACACUCUGCUGUCUUACGCCGAUCCUCGAAUGUGGGCCUGGAACAUCCGUCAAAUGGGCGUCAUGGACCUGCCAGCUUUAAUCUCACGUGUUCUCUCAGAAACCGGAUUCGAGAAACUGGGUCUGAUAGCACACUCGCAAGGCACGACGCAGACCUUCGUCGCUCUCGCCAAAGAACAACGACCCGACCUCGGCGACAAGCUCACGGUCUUCUGCGCCCUGGCCCCAGCAGCGUACGCCGGCCCUCUGAUAGGGAAAGCAUACUUUAAAUUCAUGCGUGUCAUUUCUCCUGCUCUAUUCAGAAUAAUUUUUGGUAUUCACGCAUUCAUCCCCUUCAUGCUGACAAUGCACACCCUGAUCCCAGGACGCCUUUUCGGCGCAAUGGGAUACCGCGUCUUCAGCUUUCUCUUCGACUGGACCGACGACCGCUGGGACCGCGGGCUACGAGACCGCAUGUUCCAGUUUGCGCCUGUCUAUGUCAGUGCCGAGAGUAUGAGGUGGUGGCUGGGAAGAGAGUGUUUUGCGAAACAGAAGUGUAUACUUGCUACACGUGAAGAAGGGCACCAAGAGGAUGCUGAAGAUGAGAUGGAGGAGUAUUACCACCGUUCAUCCUCUCAAAAUCAGAACGAAACGCAAUCCCCCUCCCCUCAUCCAACUCGUCCUCGUCGUAUGUCGGAAGCAAGACGUAAGCAUGAACGAAAACCUAAAGGUAGCACAGCCUGGUACGAUUCACACGUCCCUCCCUUCGCAUUGUGGGUCGCGGGUUCCGACGACCUGGUUGACGGGAGAAAGCUGUUGAGGAGAUUUGAGAGGGGGAGGGAGCCACAUGUGAGAGUUGUGCAUACCAGAAUUAUUGAGGAAUAUGAGCAUCUGGAUGUUAUCUGGGCGAUGGAUUGUAUUGAGAAGGUGGGGAGGGAGGUGAAAGAGGUGAUUUGGAGGACGUGUAAUGUUAGGGACAAGGUAAGGGUCCCGCGAGGGUGUGAGGAGGUUGAGCCUUGGCAAGAUUCGCAAGAUGAUAGCUUAGGUGGAGUGGACGGGACGGCGGAUAAGGAGAAGGAUGGGGGGAGUCAGAGCAGUAGUGAGGACGUUGAUUGAUUGAUUGGAUAUUUGGUAACAGCGUGGCGUUGAGGCUUGGAUAUCAAAAUAUACGCAUACAUGUUUUAUGUCCUCUUUUCGGAGUUGCCCCCGAUCCUCCAUGAAAGCCUCCGAGGCUGUUUCCCCAAAGAGUUUGUGUGAUGCAAAAAAACAGUAGACGAAUACGAGAGCAUAGAAAUGGCCUGCUUGCACGACCCGUAACCAACGC